AUGUUACGAUACGCUACAAGGCGAGCCGUGCGCACCGCCGCAACUGCACCUCGGGCGCUGGCACCGCGAUACGUUCCGCGUACAGGAUAUGCGCCGGUCACGCGCAGGCUGUACUCGUCAUCGAAACCAGAAGCAGCUUGGCAGCCAUCAGAAACAGACGCAGAGGCUCCGAAAGUCGACCUGCUCGAGGUGUACCGCGGACUCGUGGAGAGCGGGCGGUUAACGUGGGACGACGAGCAGGUCCGGAUCGUGAUGCGGCUACGACACCUGUACAACGAUUUGUAUGAUUACUCGCCACCGCUCGAAUUGCUGGCCAAGCUCGGGUCUACACCCCCGCGCAAGCUCGAGCAGUCGUGGUUCUGGACCAACGCGCGGCGGUCGAGACAAGCGGCGUCCAUCGGCCUGGGUAACACCGAGGCCGAGCACGCUCUCGUCAAAGUCCUCAGCGGGGAGGAGGAGAUUGCGCUCCUCACUACCCCAAAGGGUAUCCUCAUCACGGGCCCACCUGGGAGUGGCAAGAGCUUCCUGCUCAACUUGCUGUUCGACGCGCUCCCAACACCCAACAAGGCGCGGCACCAUUAUCACGCCUUCACGCUAUGGCUGUACCAGCGCGUGUUUGCCGAGAUGCAACGUCGGCGGCGCGAUGCGCCCGUCACACAGGCUGAGCUGAACCGCGCGCUUGCGGGUAUGAGCGGCUGGCGCGCGGUGUUUGCAAGCGGGCGAUGGAAAGAGGGCGACGACGUCGACCUCGCUUUGUCCAAUGCAUCGUACUCUGACCCGAGGGAUACGAUCCCCUUUGUCAUCGCAAAGGAGAUGAUACUCCAGUACCACAUCCUCUACUUUGACGAGCUGCAGCUCCUUGACGCGUCGAGCGCUGCUCUCCUGCGCGACGUGUUGAGCUGGUACUGGCGCCUCGGUGGCGUCGUCAUCUCAUGCUCAAACCGCGUGCCGGACGACUUGUACCACCACGGUGUCCAGAAGGAGCGGAUGCACGCCUUUCUCGACUCGCUCAAGGGCCGCUGUGACGUCGUUGAACUGGAUGGUGGUCGGGACUGGCGCCAAACGGCGACUGAGGGCGAGCUUGAGCCGCGGUGGCUCCCUAUGGGCGACAACGCGUUCGAUACAAUGUGGGCCGCAGAGCCCGGCGACAACACCUCAGUCAACCUGGUGGUGUACGGUCGGCGUGUCCACGUCCCAGAAGUAAAGGGCAAGGCGUGCCGCUUUCCGUUUGCAGAGCUUUGCGAGACGCCACUCGGUCCAGCAGACUACCUGACCCUCGCGUCGACGUUCUCGACGUUCUACAUCGACGCGGUGCCAAUCCUGCUCUUAAAACACAAGAACGAGGCGCGCCGCCUCAUCAACCUCAUCGACGCACUGUACGAAGCUCGCUGCAAAGUCGUGAUUCGCGCCGAGGAGAUCCCGGAACACCUGUUCUUCCCCGACGCGCUCGACCCCACCAUCGACCCCGAACAUCACGACCUGUUGGCUGCCGAGGCGCUCUCUGAAUCACUAGGCGCACAGCCUCGUGCCAAUGUCUCUUACUACAACCCCAAGACGCGGGCUGAGCAGGAGCGGCAGGACCACGCUGACCUCGGGUCAAGCUUUGCCGUCAUGUCCAUCUUCACUGGCGAGGACGAACGGUUCGCAUACAAACGCGCAGUUUCGCGCCUGGUGGAGAUGUCCACGUCGCCAGCAUAUGCGGCAGAGGCGUGGAACCCUCUCGGCCAAGGGGCGCGCGGUUGGGAACAAACCCACCUUGACGGUGAAGCGACCGCUCCAGCAACCCGCCUGUCCGCCUCUCCUCAUCGCGGGAAGGAGGGGCCAGGUCUCAAGGGCGACGAUUUGGCGACCGAGUCGGGCUCGAAGUUCGGACUCGAGUUCGAAGAGCCCGAGUUCGAAAUCAGGCGUCGCCCACCCAAGAUGGCGGCGCAUCAUGCUUGGGGCGUGGAGGAGGGGUGGGGCACCAAAGCUGGCCGGUGGGGCAAGGGCGCAAGUGUAUAUAGGAAGUAG